GGAUAGCUGCGGUGCGUUUAAGCUAGUUGGUAUAAAUGAAAUACUGUAAAACUCCCGAGUCUUCUGUGCCGUCCUGAAUUUUUAUGAUAAGUUUGACUGAAGCUCGUGUCUCUGCUCUUGCAUUUCCUCGUGACCCAUGACGGCUUGGGUCAGCUAUGGCUGUUGUGUCAUGGAAGGAGAUGUUGCUUCUGACUGGGCUGGUGAUGGGAUGUUACUGGAACAGUCUGGCAUGCGGCUUUGUGUUUGACGACGUCUCGGCUAUCCUCGACAACAAGGACCUCCGGCCCUCCACGCCUCUGCGCAACCUGUUCCUCAAUGACUUUUGGGGAACGCCGAUGGCCGAGGAGAGGAGCCACAAGUCUUACAGACCACUGACGGUGCUCACGUUCCGACUCAACUACCUCUUCAGUGAACUCAGUGCGGCUUCCUAUCACCUGCUCAACAUCGUUCUGCAUGGAGUCGUCUGCAUGCUUUUCCUGCGGGUUUGCCGACUGUUCCUGGACAAGACUUUUAGCUUGCUUGCUGCGCUGCUCUUUGCCGUGCACCCCAUCCACACGGAGGCCGUGACUGGUGUUGUUGGUAGAGCGGAGCUCCUUUCUUCAAUUUUCCUCUUGGCUGCUUUCCUGGCAUACACAAAAUCAACUAGUACAGACCACUCCAUUGUGUGGCCCCCCAUUGCUCUGACUGUAGUUCUGGUGGCUGCAGCAACGCUGUGCAAGGAGCAGGGGAUCACCGUGGUCGGCAUCUGCUGUGUCUAUGAAGUGUUUGUUGCACAAGGGUUUACUCUGCCCAUGAUGCUGGACACUGUGCGACAAGUCCUGCAGGGCAAAGACGGUUUCCCGUACGCGGUCCUGCAGACUCUGCUGAAGCUCAUCGUCCUCGUCAUCAGCACCCUGCUGCUCGUCAUUGUCAGGGUCCAGGUCAUCCAGUCCCAGUUGCCUGUCUUCACCAGAUUUGAUAACCCGGCAGCUGUCAGUCCCACUCCCAGCAGGCAGCUGACCUUUAACUACCUGCUCCCUGUGAACGCAUGGCUGCUGCUGAAUCCCUCAGAGCUGUGCUGCGACUGGACCAUGGGCACCAUUCCUCUGGUGGAGUCCCUUCUGGACCUCCGGAACCUGGCCACUGUGGCCUUCUACGUGUUCCUGUGCCUGCUCGCCCACUACAGCGUGUUCUCCAGACACAGCUCAGCCAAGACGGUUAUCAUGGCCUUGUCUUUGAUCGUCCUGCCCUUCAUUCCAGCGUCCAACCUCUUCUUCCCUGUGGGGUUUGUUGUUGCAGAGAGAGUACUUUAUGUUCCCAGUAUGGGAUUCUGUGUUCUUGUAGCACAUGGAUUCAAGAUCGUCUCACAUAAAGAACAAUUAAGGAAGAUUUCCUGGCUGCUGAUUGGUGUGCUGCUCACCACACAUGCAGUGAAAACCUUCAACAGGAACUGGGACUGGGAGUCGGAAUAUACCCUGUUCACCUCUGCCCUGAAGGUUAACAAGAACAACGCCAAGCUGUGGAAUAAUGUCGGCCACGCUUUAGAGAACCAAAACAAUUAUGCAAUGGCUCUGCGGUAUUUUCUCCAAGCCACUCGAGUCCAGCCAGAUGACAUCGGUGCUCACAUGAACGUCGGAAGAACGUACAAGAACCUGAACAAAUCCAGAGAGGCGGAGGAAGCGUAUCUGGUUGCCAAAUCCCUCAUGCCACAGGUUAUUCCGGGUAAGAAGUACGCGACACGUGUGGCCCCCAAUCACCUUAACGUCUACAUAAACCUGGCAAAUCUGAUCCGGGCCAACGACUCUCGGCUGGAGGAGGCGGAUCAGCUGUACAGGCAGGCGAUCAGCAUGAGACCCGACUUCAAGCAAGCCUACAUCAGCAGAGGGGAGCUGUUGCUGAAGAUGAACAAGCUGACAGAAGCCCGGGACGCAUACCUGCGCGCAUUGGAGCUUGACAGCUCCAACGCUGACCUCUGGUAUAACCUCGCCAUAGUCAACAUUGAGAUGAAAGACCCGUCUGAAGCCCUGAAGAAUUUCAACCGCGCCCUGGAGCUCAACCCGCGCCACAAACUGGCGCUCUUCAACUCGGCUCUUCUCAUGCAGGAGUCUGGAGAACCAAAGUUCUGGCCUGAAGCCAACCGUCGUUUCCUCAUCUACGUGGAAGAGGAGCCCGACGACGCCAAUGGCUACUUCAACCUCGGCAUGCUGGCCAUGGAUGCUAAUGAAAAUGCCGCGGCGGAGCACUGGAUGCGGAAGGCCAUCGGCCUGCAGGCCGGCUUCCGCAGCGCGCUGUUCAACCUGGCUCUGCUUUACACCCAGUCCAAGCGGGAGGUGGAUGCCUUGCCCGUGCUGGACGAGCUCCUCCGCCACCACCCGGAGCACGUCAAGGGCCUGAUUCUGAAAGGCGACAUCCUCAUGAACCACAAGAAGGACACCCGCGGCGCCAAAGCUUGCUUCGAACGCAUCCUGCGAAUGGACCCCACCAACGUCCAAGGAAAACAUAACCUGUGUGUGGUCUACUUCGAAGAGCGGGACUUGCCGCGGGCCGAGCGGUGCUUGGAGGAAACGCUGGCCCUGGCGCCCAACGAGGAGUACGUGCGCCGUCAUUUGAGCAUAGUGCGCAGUAAAAUGGCCGCCAUGAGCGCGGCAGGGGAGCCGCUUUCCAGGGAGGGUGGCGGCGGCGGCGUGUCGGCCAAGGAGGAAAAGCUGCAGGCGGCGGAGGAAACGACGGAAGACGUUGCCGCGGGUGAGGAGGAAGGGAGGGGUGCCAAUGCUGACGGAAAGGGCGAUGAGGAUGAGAAGAAUGUGCGGAAAUCCUCAGCAGAAGACCUCGGGGGUGGGGUGGCAGACCAAACAGAACCCUUGGACAGCACUCAGGCUGGCAAACGGACUAAGGGCAAGUCCACUAAAGAGAUUAAAGAUAUAGAGGAAAAAAGGGCAGCAGCCUUGAAGAGACUAGAGGAGAUAGAGCGCAUACUAAGUGGUGAUUGAUUCUGGUGCGGUUUGGUACUGGACUGUCACCCCUCCUCUUAAAACAUGUUUAUUCUUAAUCAGCUGGGAUUUCUUUCCAAAUUUUUCAGUGUUUGUCUUUUUCUUUCUUUCUUUUUUCAAAUCACAGAUCUUGUAAAACGAAAAAAAAAGACUACAAACUUUACGCACAUAAAACACAUCAUCUGUUUCUUGCCCAUCGCAGAUGUAGAUGCGAGCUUGAACUGAAUGUGAAUUUCACACAUUGUUUUGUUUUGUUGCUCUAUGUGUAGUCAUCGUUUACCACUGGAUUUGUGUUUAAUAAGAUGUGACUCCCUCUUCUGUUGUCGUUUGAAAAAAAAAAGAAUGAUUGUAUCUGGGACAAUUGGAGGAUGUGACACGCUCCCCUAGACUUCUCCGAGGCAGAACAGCUCAUAGCUGAAAAUAAACCACACAGCGAGCAAAAUACCCCCCCCCCCCCGUCCCCCCACACACACACACACACACCUCUCCCACUAAAUCACAGCAGCUAAUAUUUAUUGAUCUCACUCUGCACUUCCUUCUAUGACAUCAUCCCAUUUCCAGCUGCCUUCUCGGUUUCGUUGGGGGUCUUCCUUCCGAGUGUUAGCCCUGAUCUGUUUGUCACAUUUUCACGCCUGUGUUCUGUCCUGUAUCUUCAUUAGAGGUGGAUGUUUCGGAUGUUUUUCUUCAUAAUCUGUCCUGAGGACAUUGCUUCUACAUGGGCUACACCCAUUUUUAUAUGACUGUUAACAAUGACGCACACCACUCCUUAGCAGAGGCCAUGUGUUUUCAUUUUCCAAAGCUCCUUCCACCUCAGGAGGGGAAUUUUCUUAGCACAUUUGCAAAACAUGGAUUUCCUACAUCCUCUCUGCACAAUGAGGAUGAUGUAACAACCCGUCGCAACCAAGACAUAAUUUGGACGAUAGGUGUUUUAUAAUCGUUUGGGCAGAUUUUGGCAGUGCCAACAAGUUGCAUUUUUCUCCUUUUUCACUCUACUGCUAAAUAAGCCGCAGAUAGCUAGCUUAAAAAAAUGAUAACCAAAAACAUUUGUGCACCUUUUAACAGGACUGGCUCAUCGAAAACACUAAACCUAGUCUCGCAUGUCAUUGUACCAAUGCCACACACUCUAUGCUCUUCAAAGGUAUGCAUUUUAUUUCUCAAAGGCUAAUCAUGGUAAUUAUAGCACUUGUGAUGUUCUUCCUUUCUCUCCUCUGGAUCUGUUUAUAAUUUUAAUAAUGGAGGCAGCACAGAAUAAGUCUGUAAGAAUCAGUGAGGCGGUACUACUUAAAGGCCUUGUCAUUCAUUCAUUUUCUGGCCCUGAAAAUAUUAUCCUACAUCUGUAUUCAGGAUUUCACAUCCAGUGUUAUUUAUUAGUAUUACAUUGCAUACACUGCAGGGAAAAGCUUUGGCAGUGUGUGUUUUUGUGUCCGUUAUGUUUUUUUGGUUGUUUUUUGGUUGUUUUUUUUACCAUGUCAAGCAUAAGUUCCAUCAUGUAUUUUUUUUUCAAAGCCUGUCUCAGACAGUGUUAACAGUGUGUCCCAUAAACAAGGUACAACUUUGGACAACCAAGCAUCCAGUUUAUGUUUUUGGGUGUACCUCAUUUUCAGAUGUUCUUCUUUUUAUAACAAUCUGAGGUUUUUAUAAGACCCGUGGUGAUGGCAGUGGUGGUUAUUAAAUAAAGUGGGAUCAAAAAUCA